UUCAUUUGCGAUAACAGUGCUACAACAGAUAGUAGGUCACCAUGAUGGAGUUGUUAACAUUUGAUAGGGAGAACCGGGAGCGUAUCCAAGCAGUGGAGAAAUCAUUUGGUGCAUCAGGGAGGUCUCUAACCAAGCAAGGUCGGAUUCUGAUGGGACAGGGCCGUCUGAUGAAGCAGGGCCGUCGGAAGCCCCAACCUAAGAUGUUCUUUCUCUUCAACGAUGUGCUGGUGUACGGAAGCAUCCUUCUGAACCGCCGCUGGUACAAAAAUCAGAAGAUCAUCCCUCUAGAGGACAUCCAGCUGGAGGACAUGGAGGACGGUAUGGUAUUGAAGAACCAGUGGCUGAUCCGUACACCAUGCAAGUCUUUUUUUGUGUCCGCCCCUUCAUAUGAGGAGAAGCGGGCCUGGAUUGAGCACAUUGAAGACUGCCGGUCCAGCCUGCUGCAAGGCGGCAGCCAGCAAACUGGUUCAACAACAUUUGCUGUUUCCUGGAUCCCAGACCAGGCCUCCUUCAAAUGCAUGCGCUGCUUCAACAAGUUCUCUGCGACCAAUCGUCGACACCACUGCCGGAAAUGUGGCUUUUUGGUCUGCAAUUCGUGCUCCAAGCAGCGAGCAGUGAUAAGCCACAUUCACCCAACUAAGAAGUUGAGGGUCUGCAGUCUCUGCCACACAAGGAAUGAGGACGAUGAGAAAUCUCGCCUGAGGGGAGACAGCUCUGGAAAGACUAGUUCAGAUGAGGACGAGGUGGCAGCAUCCAGCGAUGAAGAGGAGAGAGAUGAGGGAGAGGACAUGAUUCAGAACUACGCUUGCAGCAGCUGGCUGGACUCCCGGAUGGGCACCUGGGGACAGAUGGGCACCUAUGUUUACCCAAGACCAAUAAGUCUGCAGCUCUAGUGAAACAUAACCACAUCUGCUACAUGUUCACCAUCAUUAAGAACCAUAACAAUGACUUGUGUGUUACCACAGUGUUGGACUUUUGAAAGGAUUGAGAUGAGACAAAACUGAUCCAAUUAUUCGCACUAGAAUCACGUUAGAUUUGUAUUUGUACAUAUUUACUGCUGUCAUUACUGCACUUUUUACAAUGUAUUUGGUUCAUCUGCUGUGAAGUGUGUUGCUAUUUGAUGUCAGAGGAUGUUGAGAAGAACAGGCCUCAGUAUAACUGUAAUCUAAUAUGUAUGCGCCAGUCGCUGUUUAAAUGUGAAAAGACAUUUGCACAUUAUAUCUGCUCUUUCAUUUUGCUUUGGAAUUAUCCAUGAACAAUAAAUCACACAGAAAACAAAAGGA